UACGUAGUAUUAAUACUUGUACGUUCUACUAUUAGUAGUACGCUAUAACAGUAACCUAACCAAAAAGGCGAAUUAGUUUUCAUUUAUCCAUAAAUUUGUAUGAACCAAUCUUACCUUUUACUUCGAAGUACAAAUUGAAGGAUAGUUUCUUUCAUGGACCCUGGUCAAAAUAUUCGUAUAAAUGGAGGAAAGCGUUGUUGAAGGAAGGGCAACAAAGAUCCGAGAACAAAUUCACAAACCACUAUGAUGCGAGCCCUGAUGAAGCGAGUGGUGCGAGGAGUGCGGCAUGAUGUUGAGAAGAGUCAAUUUGUCUGCGAGGUUCGACGAAACAACACGGCUCAGAUGUUGGGCUGCCUCAUGUACAACAUCAACGGCGGCGACAUGGACCUGUACUUCACCCACGAACUGCGAGCCGGCCGCGGCGUGGCACGAGCAUUGUGUGACGAAGCCUUUAAGUACGCAAACGACCACGACCUAGUCGUGAACCCCAUCUACUCGUACGUUCAAAACGUGUACCUUCCAGACAGAGCCACUGCACGUUCGGCCACGUCACUACUUCACACAGGCGUUGCUGUCCAUUGCUAAUCCUACUCGUUUACCGCUCCUGCA